GUACUACACACUCCUAUACCUAAUAUUAAAAGGGUUUUUGUUGUUGUUCAUAUAUAGAGAUCAAUGGCCUCUAAGAGCAAUGCUUCACUACUUGCACUAAACAUUCUUUUAUUUGCAAUGUUGAGUGGACAUGGGACUUGUGGUGACCCUUUCCCAUUACCAACACCAACACCAAUUUCAUUGCCAACACCAACACCAAUAUUGCCUCCAACACCAAUGCCAUCGCUAGCACCAACACCAUCACUGACACCAACACCAACGCCAUCGCCAACGCCAUCACCAACACCAGCACUGACACCUACACCAAGCUUACCGCCAGUGCCAAUGCCACCUACGCUUGCAUGCCCUGACCCCAUGCAAACUCCACCAGCUCCAACACCCGUGGAAACACCAGCACCAACACCAGUGGAAACACCAGCACCAACCCCAUCGUCAAUGCCACCUACGGUUCCUUGCCCUGAUGUCUCCCCACCAACACCAACCGAAACACCACCCCCAUCGCCACCUACCGCUAUCUGCCCUACCCCCUCAGAAUCGCCAAUGCCAAUGCCAACAACACCAACCCCAUCACCAAUGCCAUCAUCGCUUACAUGCUCUAAAGACACCUUAAAGCUAGGUGUAUGUGGCAACCUACUCGGUGGGUUGGUCGGUGUCAUAUUGGGUUCCCCAUCCACAAAGCCAUGUUGCACCCUACUCGAAGGCGUUGCUGACCUUGAGGCUGCGGUUUGUCUAUGCAUAGCCAUCAAAGCUAAUGUUUUGGGGGUCAACCUUAAUGUGCCUGUCUCUCUUGAGUUGCUUCUCAAUGCUUGUGACAAGAAACUCCCUAGUGGCUUCAGCUGUACUGCCUAAUUAUUAAGCCGCUGUGUGUUAUUUCUUUUGCGGGUUUUGUGUGUUAUUUUUCUACCGUACGUAAGAGCUUAGAUAUCUUUAAGGCUCAUGUGGUUGAUAUCUCAUUUCUUUGCUUUCUAUUAUUUAUCUUAUGCGUGAAACUGAAUAAAAUCCUAUGUAAAAUAUGUAUUAGCUAGCAAGCUGAUGGUGUUUGUUGGAAAUGAAUUGAAACUUGGAA